ACAACAAGUUUUGUUUCUUGUCUCGUAGGACAACUAGACCAAACAAUUUUGAAUGUUGAUGUCAAGUGAGAUGAGGCAAAGCAUAAUGGACAAUAUCACUGAAGCUGUUAGGAUACAAAAUAAGCCAUCCGGCCUAAUCCAGCAAGAGGCGGGUAAGACACUCCCUCUUCAGACAAUUCCACCGGCAGCUCCAGAUACUUCCUUUAUUAAGCCCAAGCCAAAGUCUACCAAGAGAAAGUCCAAGACAUCAGGUCCCAUUCCCAAAGACACCAAGCCUAGUGCCCAUAAGCCUUAUGACCCACCACCAGUCUCUAAGAAGCACUUGGACCACUCUCUUGUGCCUCCAGCUAUCCCGCCAGCAACAGAAGGUACUCCAACGGCUCCCAUUACUCAAGUUGUACCUCCAACCCCACUACCAAUGCCCCACACUACCUCCACACCACAGAUUCUACCUUCAAUCCAUGCCCCCUCAACAAAACCCCCUCGGGAGUCAACAGCACUAAACAUACUCCAUGCAGAGAACCCACCCCCGGCCUCAUCAUCUGAUUUGAAUCUAUGGAUCAUGAGUACUCCUCAGCCAAUGGAUAAACCACAUGUGGCUAUGAAGGAUAUAUGUUGGGACCAACUUCAUGCCCUUGCCCAACAUGUCGAUGACAAUUGGGUGGUAAUGGGUGACUUCAACGAUAUCCUCUUAGUUGAGGAAGCAUCCCCAAGAGCCGCAAGGGGUUUUGUGAGAGCUCAAUGCUUCCGGGAUAGGCUCUCAAGUUGUGGUCUCCAUUCUACAGAACCUUUGGGAUGCAAAUACACUUGGUUACGUAAACAGAAUGGGAAAGUGUUGUUGAGAGAACGGUUGGAUAGAGCUCUCUUCAACUUGAGGGCACUUGAAUUUCUUCCAAAGGCCAAAGUGAUCAAUCUCCCUAGACUUUGCAGCGACCAUCACCCUGUGUUGCUAUGUUUGGAAACACUUAUACAAAAAGACAGGAACUCUAGACCUAUUCGAUUUAAGGCUGCAUGUUUGGCAACUGAGGCUCACAACCGAGGAUGGGGAGGCCCUGCUACGGUUGGUGUCAUUGGAGGAGUCCUUUGGAAUGGAGAACAAUUACCACCUUUUAAUCCUCAACGCGGCCUACGGCAAGGAGACCCACUUUCCCCUUAUUUGUUCAUCAUGUGCAUGGAAAGGCUAUCUCACAAGAUACAAAGCAAGGUGCACUCCAAGGCAUGGAAGCCAUUUCGGCUAUCCAGAGGAGGAUUUGCUCUCUCACACCUGUUUUUUUCCGAUGAUCUCAUGCUCUUCAGUGAGGCUUCUAACCAACAGGUUGAAGUAAUCAUGGGUUGCCUUACUGAAUUCUCUAAUGAGUCAGGGGUUGAUAUCAACUUAACCAAGUCCAAGUUAUAUGUUUCUCCAAACAUACAAAGGCAUGUUGCUGGAAAUCUAAGUGCAGCUUGUGGUAUUCCCCUAACAAUAGACUUGGGUAGUUAUUUGGGAGUCCCAAUUCUGCAUGGCCGGCCUUCAGCUUCUACCUACAAACUUCUCUUGGAAAAAAUUCAAGUGAAAUUGGCUGGCUGGAAACAGACUUUGCUAAGCAUGGUAGGAAGAAGAGUUUUAGUCCAAGCUGUGACUUUGGCCAUUCCCUCCUAUACAAUGCAGUCCAUUUUGUUGCCAAAUGGCGUCUGUGCAGCCAUCGACAGUCUGAAUAGAAAGUUCUUAUGGGGCUUUGAUGUUGCAAAUAGACAGCACCUUGUUAAUUGGAGAAUAGUAUGUAGACCAAGGCAUCUUGGAGGCUUGGGCUUACGUUUUGCUAAGGAGAACAACCAGUCCUCUGGAAUGGAGAACAAUUACCACCUUUUAAUCCUCAACGCGGCCUACGGCAAGGAGACCCACUUUCCCCUUAUUUGUUCAUCAUGUGCAUGGAAAGGCUAUCUCACAAGAUACAAAGCAAGUGAGGCUUCUAACCAACAGGUUGAAGUAAUCAUGGGUUGCCUUACUGAAUUCUCUAAUGAGUCAGGGGUUGAUAUCAACUUAACCAAGUCCAACUUAUAUGUUUCUCCAAACAUACAAAGGCAUGUGGCUGGAAAUCUAAGUGCAGCUUGUGGUAUUCCCCUAACAAUAGACUUGGGUAGUUAUUUGGGAGUCCCAAUUCUGCAUGGCCGGCCUUCAGCUUCUACCUACAAACUUCUCUUGGAAAAAAUUCAAGUGAAAUUGGCUGGCUGGAAACAGACCUUGCUAAGCAUGGCAAGAAGAAGAGUUUUAGUCCAAGCUAUGACUUCGGCCAUUCCCUCCUAUACAAUGCAAUCCAUUUUGUUGCCAAAUGGCGUCUGUGCAGCCAUCGACAGUCUGAAUAGAAAGUUCUUAUGGGGCUUUGACGUUGCAAAUAGACAACACCUUGUUAAUUGGAGAAUAGUAUGCAGACCAAGGCAUCUUGGAGGCUUGGGCUUACGUUUUGCUAAGGAGAACAACCAGAUCUUGGCAACUCCAAUUCCAGCAUUUCAACAACAAGAGGAUGUAGUGUUUUGGAACAACUCACCAGAUGGUACUUUCUCUGCUAAGUCGGCUUUCGAACGGUUGCAACAGCAGCAUGUUGUUUUAACUCAGCAAGGGGAGAGUUGGAGGUGGGUAAGGUGGUUUCCUCCUAAUUUCCCUUUCCUCAAAUUGAAUACUGAUGGGGCAAUGAGUCAAGCAUCGGGAGAUGCUAGUGCAGGAGGUCUCAUUCGAGAUCAUGGAGGGCAGUGGCUACAUGGCUUUGCGAUUAAUAUUGGGCCACAAACUAGCUAUAUGGCGGAGCUUUGGGGUUGUCGCGCUGGCCUUCGGUUAGCUCUCGAGAUGGGUCUCACCCACCUGGUCCUUGAAAUGGAUUCCUUGUUGGCGAUGCAGGUGAUACUGGUAAGGAAAACCGGGGAUGGCCCAGCUUCAAUACUUCUAUUGGACAUCUUCCACCUUAUAAAUUCCUUUGAGGUUUGCACGGUGCAACACACUUUAAGGGAAGGAAACGCAGCAGCUGACUACAUGGCCUCUAUUGGACAAACUCUCACCCAGGGCACUAGUUUUUUUCAAUCUCCACCUCCGGGUAUCAGGAGCGUCCUCCAUGAAGACAGCAUAGGCACUUUGUUCCUCAGGACUUAGUGUUGUCUAGCUUCUUAUGUACCAAAAAAAAAUAUAUUGAAUUUUUUCUA